UCGAAUUCAAACGGGAGCGUAGGCAUGCGAUGUUCUGACGAAGUCGCGAAGCUCCUUUUGUAGUGAUUACUGUCGACAAAGAUCAAGGAGCACAGCCUAUCACUUCCAGAAACUUUCACUUUGUCUUCAAAUGUCUAUACUAAGUGCCCCCGCGGCAUGGAGGUCGAGCAGUUUUACGGUUGCUACCUACUCUACUGCACUAAUCCCAAGUACAAGGGGCACACUUACAUCGGAUUCACAGUUGACCCAAACAGGCGGAUUAAGCAGCACAAUAAGGGAUUCAAGGCCGGAGGAGCAUGGCGCACGAGCCGUAAAGGUCCAUGGGACAUGGCACUGAUUGUACAUGGCUUCCCAAAUGAGAUAUCCGCCCUGCGUUUUGAGUGGGCUUGGCAACACCCAGAUCGAUCUCGCCGGCUCAGCCACGUGGGGAAGAAGCUUCGCACGGAAAGCCGUUUCGCAUAUGCUUUCAGGGUCGUCUCUCAUAUGCUCAGAGCUGUCCCAUGGGUUAGACUGCCACUUACAAUUCAAUGGCUCAUUGAAGACUAUCAGCUAGACUUCCAGCCCGACUUGAACCCACCACUCCACAUGGCCAUCGCAUAUGGACCAGUCAAGGCUGUUCGUGCUCCUGCUGUCCACGAAUCUGUUCACUGUGCCCUCUCAAUACCAGCGUGCACGGUGUGUGGUGAGCUGGUUGAGCGAAGGAGAAGCUUGGUCGAGUGCCCGUACCCCGAAUGCGGUGCCGUUUCUCACCUCUGCUGUCUUGCUAAGAUUUUCCUCAAGAACGAGUGCAAUCAGACCAUACCCGUGAGUGGCUAUUGCCCCGGCUGCAACAACUGGUUGCUCUGGGGUGAACUGGUACGUCACAACAGGCGCAACUACAUGAAGUCGAAAGCUGUCCCCCAGACUGUUGGAUAUUGAGUGAAAUGAUAGGCCAAACCAAUGACUCACUCUAUGGAUAAAGCACGACUUACCUCACCGGCACCGAACGUAAUGAGGCGCUCAAUGGCUGCUCUGACUGGCCACUUGAAGUGUGAUUCGGUGCCACGCCAGGCUUCAUCCGUGGCCUGUACUGACAAUUUCGUUCGUGUGAAUGUGCUUUGAGUGUUGUCAUGUUGUGUGUUGUACAUAGAAUUCAGUUGAGACUUUUUAGAGACAUGAUUUUGGCAGACUGUGGAUUGACCGAUGAUUUGGUUGUUUUAGUAUCAUUAUUUUUAUUACGCUACAUACAUAGCUCACAAUUAAGACUAUUUAGAGAAAUUAUGUUUAACAGAUGGUGCAAAUGACUAAUGGUUUCGUUGUGCCAUUGCCAUUCUAUUAUGCAUUUACUUUGGUUGCAUACGUAAUGCAUUUUAGAGAAAUGAUUUUGACUCUGCGG